GGCAGGACGUCUGGCUUCCAGCUCGUAACUUUAGUACUGUUAGCAACCAAAGAGAGAAUUAAAUAUGGGUGAUAUUGAGAAAGGCAAGAAGAUUUUUGUUCAGAAGUGUGCCCAGUGCCAUACUGUGGAAAAAGGCAAGCACAAGACUGGGCCAAAUCUCCAUGGUCUCUUUGGGAGGAAGACAGGUCAGGCUUCUGGCUUCUCUUACACAGACGCCAAAAAGAACAAAGGCAUAACCUGGGGAGAGGAUACACUGAUGGAGUAUUUGGAGAAUCCCAAGAAGUACAUCCGUGGAACAAAAAUGAUCUUCGCUGGCAUUAAGAAGAAGGGAGAAAGGGCAGACUUGAUAGCUUAUCUCAAAAAAGCUACAAAUGAGUAAUAGAUGGCCAUUGCCUUAUUUAUUACAAAAGAGAAAUAUCUCACGGCUUUUUCUUAUGUGUACCAUAAUUUAAUUGGUCUCAUUUACCAGAAUUCAGAUCAUAAAUGAGUGACAGAAUAUUUUUGUUGGACAGUCCCGGUUUAACUAAGACUGGCUUGUGGUUAAAUGAAUAUGAUUGGUUUUUUGGAUUUUGAUAGUGAUUCCAGGUCAGUAAAAGCAUCACUGUUUUCCAUUUCUAAAGAUAUGUUCAGAUUUAAUUAGUGAUGUUUACCUUUUCACAAAGAUGUAAAUUGCCAUCCCAAAGCCUAUUAAAGAUUGGUUUUAUAUUAAGAUUUAUAUAACUGAUUAUGUGAAUA